UAAAAUAAAAAAUCCCAAAACCAAGCAGUAGCAGAGACACAGAGCCGUUAUAUGUUUUGUACUUUGUCUAUCUGUUCAUGAUCUCAUAAAUCUGUGUAUAAACAAAAAAGAAAAAAGGAAAAUGAAAAUCCAUUGAGCCGAAAGAAUCUAAUCCGCUAUAAUCCUCCCCACAAUCCCAUUAAAUUAAACAGAGGAAAAAAAAAAAUUACGAAAAAAAGGUGUCUUUAAAAUCUUUAUCUUUUUUGGUAUUGGUUUUUUUAUGGGAAAGUCACUGCCUUCGACGACCAGGCUUCAAGAAUUCACCAGGAUUAUCUCAUCGGAUAGACUCCGAAGAACCAAACGCACAAAACCCAUCUCUCAAAUCCCAGUUUCCUCACCGGAAACUGCAAUUUCGGAUAGGGUCCGAGCCGGGUCGUCGGAGCAGCUCAAGCUUAAAAUGGAGAGCAAUCAUGAGGGGCAGAGUCGGAUACCUUUGGCUCAGGUGGUCUCGGACUGCGUGGAUCGUUGGUUUCAAGACUCGCUUAAGGAGGCUAAGGCUGGUGACAGCGCUAUGCAGGUCUUGGUUGGUCAGAUGUAUUACAGUGGCUAUGGUGUUGCUAGAGACCCUCAAAAGGGUCGAGCUUGGAUGAGUAGAGCUUCAAAAAGUCGAUCUUCGGUGUGGAAAGUAAGCGACAAACAUCCAGGCUACAAUGCAAGUGAUUCUGAUUCAGAUGAGCAGAAGGGCAAUGCAAAAUAAUGUCGAAAGCAAUUCUCACUAAGAUUUACUAAUGUGUCUUUUUCUCCGCCACAUUUGACAAUACUUUAUCGGCUAGUGCUAGAUUCAGCUUAGCAAAAGCAUUGUCAUCCAUCUCGUUCCACUUAUCGUUGUCGACGAUCUUUGUGGGCCUUUCUUCAAUUGUCGCCAUGCAGUUAUCUUUUCUUAAAACUGUUUUUAUUCUCAUUUUCCACAAUGAGAAAUUAUUCUGAUUGAAUUUUUCUAUUUCGUACUUCGUUGUCAUUGUUGAAUAUGCCUAUGAACCGGAUUCUGAUACCACUGUUAGGAAAUUGUGUUGUAUGGCACACAAUUACAACUGAAGUCAAAAUUACAAAAAUGAAAAAUUUGCAUGUAAAAUACUCAAAUAAAAUACACACAAAAUAAUUGGCAAUUGUAGAAGGAUUUUAUUAUAGCAAAAGAAUAUAAUAAUUUUUUUCUAAAAUAAGGGAUGCAAAUUUACUGAGAUAGAAAUAAUAGGAAGAUUUGACUUUCUCAGAAGAAGUACUUGAAGAAAAUUUUGCAGUGUUUCAACAUGCAAAAUUGUAAGCCAAUUUUUACCCCUCUUCCUAGUAAUUUCAAGUUAUCCUCAAAUAUGAGCCCUAGCAACGAAAAAGAAAGAUCAAAAUGUCUCAGGUAUUGUAUGUAUCAGCAAUGGGUAGUUUAAUAUUCGCUAUGGUAUGCACAAGAUCAGACAUUGCACAAGCAGUGGGAGCGGUUAGUCAGUACAUAGCGAAUCCUGGUAGAAAGCAUUGGAAUACUGUGAAAAGGAUCCUAAAAUAUAUGAAGGAUACCUAAAAUGCUGCGUUAUGUUAUAGAGGAUUAGACUUUAGAUCAUCCAUUGGUCUAGUAGAAACAUGAGUAGUAUGGGAAUGAAACGGCAAGUAGAAAUGAUAGAAGAAUUAUAGCAAAAGUGACUUUAAAUAGGAGAUAUGUGGCAGUAAAACCACGUUUGGCCUUAUCAAUUAAGCUACAUAUGUUGACUUAAAGUAUAAAGAUGACAGCAAGCAUUAAAUUGUCAUGAUAGAGGACAAAUUCAAUUUGAACUCUACCACCUUGGGAGGAUUCAAUUUCAAUUUGAAUUUCACCGCCUCUUCUCCUUUAUAUAUAUGCAUUUAAGCUUGUUGCAAAACUUAUCCCAUUUUGAACAAGGGCUCAACUCAUUCUCAUGUAGAAGCCAAUUUCAUUUCUUGGCAUGAGAAGCAAAGAUAGAGAAGGAGAAUAUUAGAGGGAAAAUUAAAAGGGUUUCUUCUAAAUAUUCGUGUCUUUCAUUUGUGAGAAACGCAGAGAGAGAAAAAGGAGAGUAUUAGAAAGAGAGAAAAAUAGUCUUUCCUAAAUACUUGUGUCUUUCUUUUGUUAGAGAGAG